AAUGAGCAAGGGAGCAUAUUGAUUCUGAAGCCUGAUGCUGUUAUUCGUGUUACAUUAAAUUGUCACAAAUGCCAUCAUCAAGCAUGUAACAUUUCAAACAAGCAUUGACGCCUGCUACUGUUUGCGUCACGUUCUGACCCCUUUAGCUAAACGCCACAUGUAAACCAACACUGCAGACCUCCCCCAUGGGCUGUCCGGUAGGGGUAACUCUAGCCAAAUUUACCCCCUCUUAGCAGCUUGUCUUGGGUUCCCCAUAGCGAGAUCCCUGGCUGCGAAUUACCAGCAGCAAACCGAUAGGUCCACAUACACCGCAUCACCCAAAUUAGAAAGCAGCAGGAAGGUAUGCACUCCCCCAGUAGUUACCUUCUGAAUCACACACACACGCGCGCUAGUUUGUUUGGUACAUUACAUAAGUAAUCACUACAAUACCCAGUGGGAAAAUGCUUGCGCAUACAAACCAAUAAAUAACACUUGGACAAAAACCCCUGUGUUCACCUGUGGUCGCCCUUGCAUUCCUGCACACAAAAGCAAAACAAACAGCACACAAACCAACCCACACAUGCUCCGAUGUGCCCUCCAAGAGGAGGUGGCAAAGACAGAACUCUGAAAAGAUAUUUUUAUUGGGGCAAUCCCUCAAGCACACAGCAUCCCUCCUUUUCUUCCGUCCCUCUUUGAGUCUCUCACUCCUUCCUCCCCUCCCUCCCUUUCCUCCUUGACUGUAUAAAUAAGUCCCAGCGUAAUGUGCGUGGACUCAGAGAAACUGCCUCCAAACCUGAAGACACAAACUGUGGGAUCACAGACAUCAAAGCGAGACAUCAACCACCAAUCAUAGUGAAACGCUCCAAUCAGCCCCUCAAAGGCAACCCUUUACACAACUGAGAGAAAGUCAGUGGGAACGGAAGAUUGAAUAGGCUCAGGUGAGAGGUCAUUAGUGGAAUGCCAGUGAAGUGAGCGGCUCCGGUUACACUUGUGAGGUAAAAGGGAAAGAACAGAUUAGUGCCGGAGCUAAAGAGGACAAGGCAGACAAGUGAUCCACAAAAAGAGUAGAUUCACCUUUGUGUAAACCUACUUCCUGGAGGUAGAGCAUCAGAUAAAGACAGAAAGAAGUUUCUAGGUAUCUGUGGUCCACCUCAACAUGUGGUUUUUGGCUGUGUUGUGGGCUUCCUGCCUGCUGAUGGGCACCCAUGCUCAAAGCAGCACUAGUUUUCGUCGGGCGAAUGCCGGCAAUGGUCGUUGCCAGUACACCUUCACGGUGGACAGCCCUACAGAAACCAGUUGUCCAUCACCAGGUUCAAGUCCCGAGAUGGAGGCCCUGAAAUCUCGCCUGGGGCUGCUAGAGGCGCUGGUGGCCCGCCUCGUAGGAGGGGACACCUUGUCAGAGUCAUCCCAGGGCUCUGGAUCUCAGUCAGGCCUCCAGGAUGCAUACAACCAGGUGAUGGGGGAGAAUGCCCAGCUCCAGAGAGAGAAGCAAAGUCUGGACAGACAGGUUCAGGACCUGCAGCAGAGGAUGGAAGAGCUCCGACAGGAGGCUGAGAGGUUGAGGAGCAGACCCUGCAUGCAACAACCUCCUCCAAGAGUGCCGCAAAAUGACAACAGCUUCAGACCAGGAUCAGGACCUGCACUCUCCCACCUGGUAUCAAGGCCUGUGAAUACACGAGGAGACAAAAGCAGUUUAAGAGAUUCUGCAUGGCAUUACAAGAAUCCUGGAUACCAGGAGCUGACGGCGGUAGUCACUGAGGUUUCUGCCCCAAAUCUGGAAGGUCCAACGGACAUCUCAGGCUGUGGUGAUCUGGUGUGGGUCCAGGAGCCUGAGGUGCACCGCAAGGCUGACAGCAUUGCUGGUAAAUACGGUGUCUGGAUGCAAGACCCAGAAGCUAAAGAACCUUAUGGUCCAGAGAUGGCUACAUUUAUGUCAUGGCGCAUUGAUGCUGUAGGGUCUGAAGUUCGUCAACUCUUCGGGUAUGAAAACAUGGACCAGCUGUCACGGGGCUUUCCCACUAAAGUCCUCCUCUUGCCAGAAUCUAUGGUGAGCACGGGUGCCACAAUGUACAGAGGCUCCUUGUACUACCAACGAAGGCUCAGCCGCACCCUUCUAAGAUACGAUCUACAAUCAGAGAGCAUUGCUGCCCGCCGUGAUCUUCCCCAUGCUGGCUUUCAUGGUCAGUUCCCCUACUCCUGGGGAGGCUACACAGACAUUGACCUGGCAGUAGAUGAGAAUGGUCUAUGGGCCAUAUACAGCACCAACAAAGCCAAGGGUGCUAUUAUGAUCUCCCAGCUGGACCCUCACAACCUGGAGGUGAAGGGCACCUGGGAGACUAAAAUCCGCAAGACAUCCGUGGCCAAUGCUUUUAUGAUCUGUGGCAAUCUGUAUACGGUAGCUAGUUACACCUCGCCAAACACCACCAUAAAUUACAUGUAUGACACUGCAACCAGCCUGGAUAAAACAAUCUCAGUGCCGUUCAAAAACCGCUAUCGCUACAACAGCAUGGUAGACUAUAACCCAGCACAGAGAAAGCUAUAUGCUUGGGAUAACUAUUACAUGGUAUCUUAUAAUGUGAGACUAGGCAAGCAGGAGUAAAGUGAAGACAUCAGCAUAAAUUUCCAUAUCACCUAGCUUAUAGACUCGUUUUGUAAUGUUUUAAUAUUAACAUCCAGAGGGACAGCUAUUGUUGGAUUUACUGGAAUUCAAAGACAAUCAUAGACAACUGGACAAGAAUCAACUAGAAGUAUGCUGAUGACAUUAAUAAUAGCGCCAGCAGUAGGUAUGUAUAUAUAUAAUGAAUACAGCAAAUAUAAAAAUUUCCUGAUAAUAUUCAAGCACAAUGACUUCUAUAUAAGCUGUUAUUUUUAAGACAACAGUUAAAGACAGUAAGCAUACCAGUGACUACAUUGUAUAGCUUCACAUUAAGAAAUCAUUUAUAUUUUUGCAUCCAUCCAUGAUAAAUAUGCUAAAUGCUAUAAAAUAUAUUCCUUUGACUAACAAAUUCCAAAAUAGAUAAUUUAUCUAAUCAUAUCAGGUUUUUAAUAAAUUGAGGCUACAUUUAUGUCCUCUGUGAUUUUGUCCACUUAACAUGUUAAUAGAGAAAUUAUUUUUCUACCUUUGUAAGUAACUUCUCUUCUUUUUUUUGUUUACGGCACUGAAUAAAUUCAAGGAAGGAGGAAAAUAUAAUGGCAUACAAUUCAUUACAGUAAGCCUGCCUCUUGAUUGAUACAUUGUACAGAGUUGUGUACAUGCUCUAACCCUUACGUAAUUAUGCUAUCGUAACUCUGUAUAAGUUAAAUAUUUUCCGUUUUCUCUUUUGAAUUUGCCUCGAGACUUGUGUGCAGCUUGAGAUGUUAAGAUUGGAAUCUUGUGGC